AAAUUUAGAAUUUGUCAUCUCCUCAUGCUGUGACUCUGGACCCGGGAAAUCCCCUCGAACAUCCUGUCUCCAUUUCCCCAAGCUCCUCCCUGUCCGCCGCCUAUCGCCUUACGCCUCCCGCUGCCGCUGCCGCUGCCUGGCCGCGCGCGGCAGCCCGCCUCACAGAUCUCUAACCCAUCAUCGGCCACCGCCGCCAGCGACGACGGCUCCAUGACUAUGAUGACCCCUUCCCCCCUCGAGCAGCAGGAGGAGGACGAAGAGAUGCUGGUGGCACACCAGGAGCUCUCCGCCGCAGACUCCGCGCAGCCAAUGGAAGUGGUGGUGCAGACGGAGCCUGCGAAUACGGCGGAGAGCCAAGCACCUGAGGACCCGCAGACGUCCCGGUUCACCUGGACGAUCGAGAACUUCACCAGGCUCAGUGGGAAGAAGCACUACUCGGAUAUGUUCGUCGUUGGCGGAUUUAAAUGGCGUGUGCUAAUUUUUCCCAAGGGAAAUAAUGUGGACCAUCUCUCGAUGUACUUGGAUGUUGCAGACUCGGGGAACCUCCCUUACGGAUGGAGCCGGUAUGCUCAGUUCAGCCUAGCCAUUGUAAACCAGAUCCAUCAGAAGUAUACAGCACGCAAAGAUACUCAACAUCAGUUUAAUGCACGUGAGAGUGACUGGGGUUUCACAUCUUUUAUGCCUCUGAGUGAGCUGUAUGACCCAAGUAGGGGCUAUCUCGUGAAUGAUACUGUUGUUGUUGAAGCUGAGGUUGCUGUUCGCAAAAUGGUUGACUAUUGGACUUAUGACUCGAAAAAGGAAACAGGUUAUGUUGGUCUCAAGAAUCAGGGUGCUACCUGUUAUAUGAACUCUCUUCUGCAAACCCUGUAUCAUAUGCCUUACUUUCGGAAGGCUGUAUAUCAUAUGCCAACUACUGAGAAUGACAUGCCAUCUGGGAGUAUUCCUUUAGCCCUGCAGAGCCUUUUCUACAAGCUCCAGUAUAGCGACAAUAGUGUAGCUACAAAAGAGUUGACUAAAUCUUUCGGGUGGGACACUUAUGAUUCUUUCAUGCAGCAUGAUGUGCAAGAGCUCAACAGAGUUCUAUGCGAGAAACUUGAAGACAAAAUGAAGGGAACUGUUGUGGAAGGAACAAUUGAACAACUAUUUGAAGGCCACCACAUUAAUUACAUCGAGUGCAUUAAUGUUGACUAUAAAUCUAACAGAAAAGAGUCCUUUUAUGAUCUACAACUUGAUGUCAAAGGUUGUCGUGAUGUUUAUGCAUCAUUUGAUAAAUAUGUCGAAGUGGAGCGUCUAGAGGGUGAUAACAAAUACCAGGCUGAACAACAUGGCUUACAGGAUGCAAGAAAGGGCGUACUCUUUCUUGAUUUCCCCCCUGUUUUGCAACUUCAACUGAAGCGUUUCGAAUAUGAUUACAUGCGAGAUACAAUGGUUAAGAUUAAUGACCGUUAUGAGUUCCCGCUACAACUCGAUCUUGAUAAGGAUGAUGGAAAAUAUCUUACUCCAGAUGCAGAUAGAAGUAUUAGGAACCUUUACACUCUCCACAGUGUUCUUGUUCAUAGUGGAGGAGUACAUGGUGGUCACUACUACGCUUUCAUACGACCUACACUCUCAGACCAGUGGUAUAAAUUUGAUGACGAGCGAGUAACAAAAGAAGAUACUAAAAAGGCGCUUGAAGAGCAGUACGGGGGCGAGGAAGAGUUACCUCAAGUUAACCCUGGUUUCAAUAACACCCCAUUUAAGUUCACAAAGUAUUCAAAUGCCUACAUGCUUGUAUAUAUUCGUGAGAGCGACAAGGAGAAAAUAAUGUGUAAUGUUGAUGAGAAGGACAUUGCUGAGCAUUUGAGGAUAAGGUUGAAGAAAGAACAAGAAGAGAAAGAACACAAGAAAAAGGAAAAAGCUGAAGCUCACCUCUACACCAUCAUAAAGGUUGCUCGAGAUGAAGAUUUGAAGGAGCAGAUUGGGAAGAAUAUAUAUUUUGAUCUGGUGGACCAUGAAAAAGUCCGUAAUUUUCGUAUACAGAAACAAUUACCCUUCAAUUCAUUUAAGGAGGAAGUUGCAAAGGAAUACGGGAUUCCGGUACAGUCUCAGCGCUUCUGGUUGUGGGCUAAGAGGCAAAAUCAUACAUACCGGCCCAAUCGUCCACUGUCCCCUCAUGAAGAAGCACAAUCAGUGGGGCAACUUAGGGAGGUGUCAAACAAGGCACACAAUGCUGAGCUGAAGCUAUUUCUUGAAGUAGAGCUAGGAUUGGAUUUGCGCCCAAUUCGUCCUCCCGAGAAGAGCAAGGAAGAUAUUUUACUUUUCUUCAAGCUUUACAAUCCUGAAAAGGAAGAGCUUCGUUUUGUUGGUAGGCUUUUUGUUAAGGCUUUGGGAAAGCCAUCUGAUAUCCUGACAAAACUUAAUGAAAUGGCUGGAUUUUCCCCAAAUGAAGAAAUCGAACUUUAUGAGGAAAUUAAGUUUGAGCCUAAUGUGAUGUGUGAACAUAUUGACAAGAAACUUAGUUUCCGAUCUAGUCAGCUUGAAGAUGGGGACAUAAUCAGUUUCCAAAAGCCAUCUAUACCAGGUGGCGAUACUCAAGUGCGCUAUAAAGAUGUUCCUUCUUUCUUGGAGUAUGUUCAUAAUAGGCAGGUUGUGCACUUCCGGUGUCUGGAGAAACCAAAGGAGGAAGAAUUUUGUUUGGAAUUGUCGAAGCUUCAUACUUAUGAUGAUGUUGUUGAGAGAGUUGCACGCCAACUUGGAUUGGAUGAUCCAUCAAAAAUUCGGCUUACGUCUCACAAUUGCUAUUCUCAGCAACCUAAACCACAGCCCAUCAGAUAUCGUGGAGUAGAGCAUCUAUUGGAUAUGCUUGUCCAUUAUAAUCAGACUUCUGACAUACUGUAUUAUGAAGUCUUGGACAUUCCACUGCCAGAAUUGCAGUGUUUAAAAACACUUAAAGUUGCUUUUCACCAUGCAACGAAAGAUGAGGUUGUAAUUCACAGCAUCAGGCUUUCAAAAAAUAGCACCAUCAGUGAUGUGAUCACUGACUUGAAGACCAAGGUUGAACUAUCCAAUCCUGAUGCUGAGCUCCGCUUGCUUGAAGUUUUCUACCACAAGAUUUAUAAGAUAUUUCCACCUCAUGAGAAGAUAGAGAACAUAAAUGAUCAGUACUGGACACUACGUGCUGAGGAGAUUCCAGAGGAGGAGAAGAAUCUCACUGCACAGGAUCGGUUGAUUCACGUCUAUCAUUUCAUGAAAGAUCCUAAUCAGAAUCAGCAGAUUCAGAAUUUUGGAGAUCCCUUUUUGCUGGUUAUCCGUGAAGGCGAGACCGCUGCAGAGGUAAUGGACCGUGUGCAGAAAAAACUCCGAGUUCCCAAUGAAGAAUUCGCCAAGUGGAAGGCUGCAUUCAUAUCCAUGAAUCGUCCAGAAUACCUCCAGGAUAUUGAUGCUGUGUCUGCACGUUUUCAGAGGAGAGAUGUUUAUGGAGCUUGGGAACAAUACCUUGGCUUGGAGCAUACUGACACAACACCCAAAAGGUCAUACACAGCUAAUCAGAAUCGACACACAUAUGAGAAGCCUGUGAAGAUUUACAAUUGAGAAACCUUCCAUCUGGGCUGCAUGCCCCUGCCCAGACAAAGGCCUCAUCUGAGAAAGUGUGCUAAAGAGGCCAAGUGACCUCAACAGAAGGGAAAUGCUGUCAAAUAUAUGGUCAUUUGUGUGCCAAGGUCUAUACUAGUUGCUACUUGUUGACAGUCAGUCCUGUGGUUGGCAGAAGGAUAUAUUCUUUGAGGCUUUCCGUCUUGCCUGCUCCCUGACAACGAAGCAAGCAUGCUGAUUUCAUUGUCCUGAGUGUGAUAGACCCCACUAGGAUAGAUGUUGCUUUGUUUGUGUAGAGCAAAGCUGGUACAUAAGAAAAAUAUUUUGGUAGGGGCAUGUAUACAUGGUUAUAGCUGAGACUGAUUGCUUUAUUUGCUGCUCCUGUUAUUGGGGCAUUGGAACAAUGGGAUAGACUGUACAAUGCCUUUGUGCCUGGUUCCAGUUUUUGGUAUCCAUUGAGAAGGUAGGCACUAGGCAGUAACUGCAGCAGAAAGUAGCCUUAUGAGUUUCAGCACAGCGUGUGUUCUUGGCAUUGAUUUGAUUCAACCUAGGAGAUGCUGAUGAGUGAUGAUUGUUCUACACUUGCACUAUUUUUCUCUUGCGUUGUAGAAUGAGAACCAAGUAAUUAUUUUGACCCAAUAACUUUCUUUAAAAUCGUUUUUGGAACUUAAAA